AUGAUCUCAAAGGCAUUGCCUGAAGUGGACCACUUUGUCCCUGUUGAGCCAACCAAAGAGAAGCUCGACUAUGCCGACCUCGAUGUCUUAGAUUUCUCACUCUACAAAGACACUCCCGCCGACAAAAAGGAACUUGCAAAACAAGUCCACAAGGCCAUGACCUCGCAUGGGUUCUUCGUAGUCGUCAACCAUGGAAUCAGUGAAGAAACCAUUGAACGCAUAGUCGAUAUUGGCCACACUAUUCUGUCACGCACCCCCCAAGAGGAGAAAGAAAGACUCAGAGCAGAUCUCACUGGGAAAGGAGAAUAUCCUGGAUUCAAACCUCGCGGGCUGUGGAAGACACUCGGGGGUACCCCGGACAGGAUCGAACAGUUCAACGUGCACAGGGACAUGACAACCCACGAACAGCCCAAAGCCUUGGAGCCAUACCGUGAUGAGGUCCAAGAAUUCAUCGACACAGUCCACAAAGAUAUACUCUACAAGAUUCUGAGACUCUUCGCCAUCUCCCUCGAGAUUGAAGACGAGGAGUUUUUCGUCAAGGCUCACAGCUACGACAAGCAUGACGAAUCCUGGUUUCGCUGGAUGGAGUACUAUGACAUUCCAGCCGAAGGGGCUGCAGAUGAGAAGAAGCUAUGGCUUGGUGGUCAUCAAGACUUGACCUCCCUUUCACUUCUGUUCAGUCAACCAAUGGCGACUCUACAGGUCCGGGACUAUGGCGACGAAUCACAAUGGAAGUUUAUCCCUCAUAUUCCUGGCGCCAUCAUCGUGAAUGCAGGCGAGCCGAUGAUGUGGUGGACGGGAAACUACUACAAAGCGGCCGUUCAUCGAGUGGUUGAGCCCCCUGCCGACCAGAGAAACCAUGAUCGCAGCAGUGUCUUCUAUUUCGUUGCUCCCAAUGAUGAGGUGGUCAUCAAUACACUUCUCGACGAGAGUCCUGUUCUGCAACGCCAUGGAGUACGGAAGUGGUUUAAGGACGGAGAGGCGCCCACGAGCAGUGAAUGGGUGCACAACCGCAUCAAGGCCAACCUGACAGCCCAUGCCGCAGCAAAGCAUGGUGAAGGGAAAACCAGUGUUCAGAAGAUUGGGACGGUGACCACGACGUGGUACAAAUGA